CCGCCGCGGGCGGAAGAGACGGCCGCGGAGUUCGCGCCGCCGGGGAACUAGCAGCGGAGGUCAGCCGGUGUCUACCCAUCCUCCUGCCACUUUCUUGUACAACUUCGCCGCUCCGGUCCGGCCGGCGAAGUAACUAAACGCGGGCUGUCCGUUCCGUUCGCUUCGUUGGUACAGGAUCAGGAUGAAGGAGGAGGAGAAGGAGAAGGCGCAGGCGCCGCCGCCGCCGCCACCGCCCCUUCUCCUAGGUACUCGUAACAUCGUCGCGCUAGGUGCUGUCUGCUGUUCAGUUUUCUUUUGGGUGUGUCUCCGUCGAGGGGCCUGGGGAUUGGCUGGAUCUGGAUGAUUGCGACCGAAUUCCGUGGAACAGUGCUUGCGGAUUAAUUAAUCAUGCAUUAGUAAUAAUCGCUGGUGCUGCUGGGACUCCUUGAUUAGUUAAUCCACUAGGAUUUGGGGGUUAGGGUUUUAGGUUAUUACGAGUAGUUAGCAGCCUGUGAUGUGCGCCCAUAACAAAUUCAGUCAGGAUGGAACAUUUCUUUCUGGUUUGAUACUUGGUGCAGUGAGCAGCGCUUGAUGGAUUGCUUCCCUGUACUACUCACCUUUGCCUCUGAACAAUAUUGCUCUGUUCAGUCCCAACAUACAGAUAACACAUGGGAUCUGAAACUUAAACCAGUGUUGCCCACCACUGCGGCAAUCGAAUUGGAUCAGCUGUUGCUGCUGCUUCCUAAUGGUACUAGCCCUAGCAUGGAUGGAGACUCAAGAUCAGCCCGAAUGUUUAGCAACGCUGCAAAUGUCAAGUAUUUCUACAAAUUGUUAACAUUCAGAGGUGUGAUUUCUUCAGCUGCUUGGUUUGUUUGGCUACCAAUCGUUCCAAGCACAAGGUCUUUUUAUGGCUGCCAUUCAGAGGUCGCCUCAAUACCAAGGACAAUGUCACCAAAAAUAUUGUUGGACUCAGGACCCUUGUUGUGGCAUUUGCCCAGCCAUAGAAUUGAUUGAGCACAUCUGGCUGCCUUGCAAAGCUGCGCAACUUAUCUGGCACCAUUUAAACCUGCAGCACAUUGCCGGACGGGCUCCCUCUUUGAUUCUAUUCGCGCAUGAAGCCGAGCAUCUCAUCAAACACCAUCAAUGGCCGAUUGUCCUCGGCUUGCACAGUUAAUAUCUGGCAUAGCAGAAAUGAACGGAUUUUCAUUAACAGAAUAUUGCUUUCUGACCUGCUUUGGAGAUGCCGAGCUGAUAAAGAUUCAGAUAAAGCAUCCCUGGGACCUGAGCGUAAUGUGUUUCGGCUUCCAGUUAGACUAUCGCUACAAGCGUUCCCCAUUUUUCCUUUUCUUUCUUCCUUCAUCUUCUGGUUUCGACUUGCAGUUUUCCUCCUCCCUUAUUUUUCCUUUCUUGGUUCUUUUGGCUCGACUGCGGUCUGGGCCUUUGCUUGUACUGUUGUGGGCCUUCAAGGCCGUUUUUUGAAUAUAAGGUAGAGAUCGCUACCUUUUCCUUAAAAAAAUCAGUUAGCUCUCUGCUUGCCUGUUCCAAGUUUGUGGUAAAUCAUUAUGAACAGUUCUGCUUACUGUGGCUCUAACUGCAUCGAUCAAUCUGCAGAGAUAUUACAAUACCAGUCCAGAGCAUGUACUCAGUACUCUACUCCUGUUGAUUGAUAUUCACAGCCCAGUCGUAGAUACAUUCGAUUUGUUUCUUCAUGUGCUGGCUGGUGCAAAUUAAGAACCCAAACUGUAGGAUUGUUGAACUGGAAGUACAUAUCUCAGUUUUCUCAUUUACACUCAUUUGAUGUCUACGACUUUGUGAACCUUCUAUGUUUAGAUAGGCAAAAACAUGUAGAGCCUGGUUGUUUUGCUGUACAACGGUUCUGCAUUUGCUAGUUGCAGUCCCGACAUUGCUGUAUUGAUAUUCAGAUACGGGAAACACAUGGAUGCUUCAAUACUUUUUGGAUGUUACAUUUAAAUGAUGUUCUGCUGUGUGCCGGCUGGUGCAAAUUAAGGAAACUGUAAUCCCAUUCAGCAACUUACCACCAAUUUCUGUGUAUGCAACUAGUUGCUGAUAACAAAUUAUGUAGGGCACGACUCGGAGAUGAACAUGGAUCUGCUUCUGUGUAUCGUGUUGGUGCACUGGAGAAGGCGAUUGCAGGGUUUGCGCAGAGGGAAACUGAGGCCGUGGUCAAUCCUACUGUUGGGAGUUUCUUUGUUUCACUUGACGAGGCUUAUGAAUUCUACAACAUUUAUUCUUGGGAAUCUGGUUUCGGAGUUAGGUAUGGAGCGAGUAGUAUGGAUUCUCAUGGAAUUAAAUGCAUACAGCAAUUUGUUUGCGCGUGUGAGGGUAAACCAUCCAAGGACAGCGAUUCAUUUCGUCGGUGUGAAUGCAAAGCGUCAAUUCUUUUGCUGAGAUCCAGAGACGGCGGAUGGCGUGUGUGUGAGCAUCAAGUUGGGCAUAACCAUCCAUGUUCUAAGAUGUGUGCGCAGAGGUCAUCUUGGCAGUCUCAUAGUAGUAUUGACAAGAACACAAGGGGCUUGAUUCGUCAACUAAGGGAAAACAAUGUGCCACACAUUGAUGAUAAUGAUGCAAAGAACCCGCUGUCUGAUGAUAUCCAGAAGACAGAGGAAACCUUUGCUAGGAUCAAAGCAAAGUAUCCAACAUUUGGUUAUACUGGUUUGCAGCUUGAUAGUAACUGGAGAGUAAGGCCACUACUCUGGACCAGUGGCCAGAGCCUUCAGUACCAAUACUUUGGGGAUGUGAUUAUCUUCGACACCACCUACAGAUCGGACAAGUAUGGGACGCCGUUCGGCCUUUUUGUUGGAGUCAACAACAACUUUGAGACCAUAUUGCUUGGUGGGGUGCUGAUGAUAAACGAGAAAACGGAGAGCUACAAAUGGGUGCUCAGUCAGUUCUUCCAAUUAAUGGGUAGGGAACACCCCAAAACUAUACUGACCGAUCGCUGCGAGGCAAUUGAGGAAGCCGUAUUGGAGGCACUGCCAUCCACCACACACAGAUGGUUCAAGUGGAAUGUCCUUCGCAGGGCAAAGGACUACCUUGGUUUCCAUUACACCAAAACAAGUAGCUUCCGAGUGGGGCUCCACAAAAUUCUGAACGACACGCUGACGGCUGAUGAGUUUGAGAGAGCAUGGGAGAUGCUGCUAGAGGAGCAUGGAUUGGAGAAUCAUCCAUUUCUGAAGGAGAUCUAUGAGGUGCGGCACAAGUGGGUUAAGGCAUACUUCAGCGACACAUUCUGUGCUACACUGACCAGCACACAAAAGAGCGAGAGCGCGAAACACUUUCUGAAACAACAUGGCGUUCCACGGGAUUGCUCAAUGGAGCUUUUCGCUGAACAGUACGAGAAACUGCGGUCCAGUCAAGAACCAGACUAUGGGUUUCAGGAGAAGAGGACUACUAUGGAUGAGAUUGUUCUGAGAACAAAUCUACCGAUCGAGAAGCAUGCCGGCGAGGUGUACACAAGACCGGUGUACGAACAGUUUGUGCAAGCCAUGAGCGAAUCCGAGCCUUACGUGGUGGAGGCAGUCAUCCCCAACCUGAGGUACAUAGCACGGCGUCCCAGCAGUGAAACUAGACAGAAAUGGUCUAGGGUGGAAUAUGAGGUGAAUGUUAGAGAAGACGGCGAAGCGUUCAUGUGCGUGUGCAAGCAAUUCGAGCACACGGGGAUGCUCUGCUGCCAUGCUGUCAAGGUCAUGAUCCACCUAGGCAUGUGUGAAAUACCAAGGUUACACGUCAUGCCACGCUGGACAGCCAAGCCGCUCCAGUGCCAGAUGCAUUGCCGCGGCGAACCUCGGACGGACACGUGCCAGCAAUGCAGGCGCUCCGGGCUGCAUGACCAGUUCUUAGACCUAGCGCGCCUCGCCUGUGAGGACGACCGGUUCUACGAGGUCGUCAUGAGGGGCAUCGGCAAACUGAACAGAGAUUUGGCGGCAGCAGAGGCCGUGCCCCGCCGCCGCAGCACCAAGCCGGCAUCACUGAAGCCGAGGAGGAAGCGUUGAUCACUUGCUGCCGGAUGUCUGAAGGCCUGUCCGAGGCCUCUGCAAUGCUUCGUUUUGGUUUCUUCUUUUUGCUAGUGUGGGUAAACCUCUGAACCUGACCACGUAUGAACUAGGCUAGAGACCAGUAGUAUUUUUUGCAUGUUUUGCAACGGCCUGGCACCAUGGUUAGUUGAUUGCUAGGCAGGGCUGGCCGUGUAUACAUGUUGAGGCGACCAUGUGUGCCAGUCAAGCCAAUUGGAUGUGCAAUGUCAGCAGAGUAGGAUGACAUACAUGGUGACCAUCAUAAACGGUCUUGUGUCGUAGUACAAUGCUACCCGAGGAAGUUUCUACCUGGGUUGGGGUGGGCCGGCCAAUGCUAACUUUUCUCAUUUGCAUCAGAGGUUCCCCCGGUUUUGUUGGGUUGAUUUC